CUCGCUGGAAAAAGCCGCCCAGGCGUGGAGGUGACACGUAAGUGGAGGGCUGGAAGGUGGCCAAGGCAAGGCAGGGGAACUUACGGAAGUUUCCGCAUCAGUUUAGCAACAAGGAGGAAAAGUAACUUUAGCGCGAAGCCCGAGAGGCGGAUCUGGAGAGCUCUGCGAAGGGAAACUCCACUUUGGAGAAUGGAGCCUGGAAGGAUCCCUUGAACUAGUCGAUGCGUGCCAGAGAGAGGGCGCGAUUGGGAGAAGGCACUCUCGCCCCCGGCGCCGCUGCCGCACGCUGCUCACACCCGGGGCGGGCCUGGAGCCGAUCUUGCAAGUGGAGGAGACGGAGCGAAGGAGCGCAGAACGCACGAGCGCACUUUUGGACUUGCUUGGACGGAGAAGGGGGAGAGCUCUGCAAAACAACCUUGAGAAUCGCUGCGCGGAGAUUUCUCCAAAGUGAGACUUCUCCCAUCUCACAGUGAGGUUUCUCCACGGAGAUUUCUCCAGAGAGAUUGCGGGAAGCCGGGAGGACGAGUUUGGAGAUGCCCCGUUUCUUCUGAGCUGGAGCGCCUCCAGUCCGAGUUACAGAGACUGCAUUGGGCCUCGGCCAGAGGGUCCUAGAAAGUGGGGCUGCUGGUGUCCCUCUCCUGCCCUCGGGAUCUCCAGCUCUCAGGAGAACCAUCCCACCCCGCAGCCUCUCUGAAAGAUCACUUGCAGGAAGGCAGCCUCUCUGCAGCAUGACCUUAGAUGCCUGGCACAGCUUAGCCUGGUGCCAGGUUAGGGCCGGUUAGCACCAGGACCUAUGGCCGCAGCUGCACCAGGGGGCUCCAGCACUCUGAGGCCCUUUUGCUCUUCACACCUUUGCCUGAUGCUGCCUCCUGCUCUGGCUGCUGCGGAAAAGUGAAGAAGCCUUGAGGUGGGAGGAGGACCCCUGGAUCCCCCAAAGGACUAUGGGCAACGGGAUGUGUUCCCGAAAGCAGAAGCGGAUCCUGCAGUCCCUCUUGCUCCUCACCGUGGUGUUUGGCUUCAUCUAUGGGGCGAUGCUGUACUAUGAGGUGCAGAAUCAGCUGAGGAAGGCUGAGGCCGUGGCCCUCAAGUACCAGCAACACCAAGAGUCCCUUUCAGCACAGUUGCAAGUCGUGUAUGAGCACCGGUCCAGAUUAGAAAAGUCUUUGCAGAAAGAGAGGCUUGAACAUAAGAAAGCAAAAGAAGACUUCCUUGUUUAUAAAUUAGAAGCACAAGAAACCCUAAAUAAAGGGAGGCAAGAUUCUAAUAGCCGAUACAGUGCGCUGAAUGUACAGCACCAGAUGCUGAAGAGCCAACAUGAAGAGCUAAAGAAGCAGCACUCGGAUCUGGAGGAUGAUCAUAGAAGACAAGGGGAUGAGCUUAGCAGGGCAGUCAGUGAUCACAAGCAGAGAUAUGUUCAGCUACAGCAAGAGAAAGAGCAGGAACUCUCCAAGCUGAAGGAAUCUAUGUAUAAUCUGCGAGAAGAGAAUAGGCAGCUGAGGAAAGCCCACCAAGAUAUCCAUACGCAGUUGCAAGAUGUCAAGCUGCAGCAUAAGAGUUUACUCUCCCAACAUGACCAGCUUGUAGUGACACUGGAAGAACACAAGAGUGCGCUAGAAGCUGCACAGUCCCAGGUGGAGGAAUACAGACAGUUGAAGGACACUCUCAAAAAGAUGCCUAGUUUCCAGAAGCCGGAUAGUGCCCAGCAAUCGCAUGUCUCACCGUUGACACCUGCACCUUCUCCUCUGAGUGACUCCAAAGCGCGUGAUGCAGAUGUGAAUGAAGAGCCGAAGGAGGUUCCCCUUCAUAGUCAGCAGCCACUUGUGGGAGAAGAAGCGAACAGAGGGGUCCACUUGGAAGGAAGAGAAGAUAGAGCUGAACAUUUCCAUCGGGGUGGAAAUGUUAUUGAAGGUCACGCUCCUCGGGAGUUAAAUAUUCAACAGAAACAAGAAGCAGGAGAAGAUGAGGAGGAACACGAGGAGCAAGUUGAGGAGGAGCACAAAAAGGAACUUGAAGAAGAAGAGAUGGAGCAAGCAGGGCAACCUGAACGCUUAGCAGAGGAUCUGGACCAAGCGCCAGAGGAGCAAGAAUGGAAGGAGAAAGAACAGGCUGAAGAAGAAACCAAUGUCCUGGGUGGACGCAGCCGUUCAGAGCAGCCGCCUACAGUGAGGACUAUAACAAGGUACAAAUCGGCCUACGAAGAACAAUUGGAGCAGCAGCGACUGGCUGUCCAAAGGGCAGAAGAAGCCAGCCGCCUCCGAGAACGGCAGGAAUCUUUGCAUCAGGGGAGGCUGCAAGAGCACUUGCUACGGCAGCAGCAGCUUCAAGAGAGGGAACUGACACUGCGGAGACAGGCAGAGCAGGAUGAAGAGCAAUUUAAACACCACCUAAGCCAGCAAUCUCAUUAUGACAAUCUAGAUCAGGAUAUUGUGCAAGGAGAAGAACAAGGUGCCCAAGAAGAAGAUGAAAACUAUGAGAGGCACAACCAUCAUCCAGAUGAAGCAGAGGAAGAAGAGCAAAAUAAUGUGAAUGAGCAACAGGAACGGCACCUUGACCACCAAGCACAAAGGGAGGAGAAUGCAGAUUCGAAGGCAGCUGUAGAUGAUGUCAACCCAGCUGAUGAUCCCAACAAUCAGGGGGAAGAUGAGUUUGAGGAAGCUGAGCAAGAGAGAGAAGAGAGUCUACCUGAGGAGAAUAAGCAGUUAAAAGCAAAUAACCAAAAAGAGAAUCCUGAAAUGGAAGAGCAUUUGGUGAUGGUGGGUAACCCUGACCAGCAAGAAGAUAAUGUGGACGAGCAGUACCAGGAAGAGGGUGAAGAAGAGGCUCAGGGAGAUCUGACAGAAGAGAAGAAGAGGGAGCUGGAACACAAUGGUGAACAGCCAUAUGGUGAACAUGAUGAAAAUGCUGAAGAGAAAAUGAGUGAAGGUGCAGAUCAAGAGCAAGAAAUCCAAGAAGAAAACAAUCAGAAAGAAGGUCAUGAUGAAAACUACGAGGAGGAGGAAGAGGAGGAGGAGGAAGGUGGUGCAGUCGCAGCAAAAGCCCAUCGACGAGGGGAAAUGUAGUUCUUGGCUUGCGGAAAAAGAAAGAAAAAACCAUAUUGUGUAGAUGCUAGUGAAGGACAGAAUUUCCAUAUACAUAUAUAUAAUUUUUAAAACCA